AUGGGUACGGAGGUUGUUGCAGCCGUCACCGAAGUAAUUCCAGCCGGCGGCUCCGUUUGUCACGCCGUGCUUUUUCCCUUCAUGUCAAAAGGCCACACAAUCCCCAUGCUCCACCUCGCCCGCCUCCUCCUCCGCCGUCAAAUCUCCCUCACCAUCUUCACCACCCCCGCCAACCGCCCCUUCAUCGCCGCUUCACUCCCCGCCGGCGCAGCCGCUUCCAUCGUCGAGCUCCCCUUCCCACACGACAUCCCGGAAAUCCCCGCCGGCGUCGAAAGCACCGACAAGCUCCCUUCCGUCGACUCCCUCUUCCCCCACUUCGCCCUCGCCACGGAGCGCCUCCGUCCCGACUUCGAAUCCGCCCUCGAAAAUCUCCGGCCGUGGCCGAGCUUUAUGGUCUCAGACGGCUUCCUCUGGUGGACCGAGGACUCCGCGGAAAAAUUCGGGAUCCCUCGGCUGGUCUUCCACGGGAUGUCCAAUCACGCCGCCAGCGUGUCCAGAGCUGUUGCCGGCGACCGACUCCUGUUCGGCCCCGAGUCCGACGACGAGUUGAUCGCCGUGACUCGGUUCCCGGGGGUCAGAGUUUGCAAGAGCGACUUCGAGGAGACGGCCCGAACGCCCGACCCGGAAGGCCCCUUCUACGAUUUCGUUAUGAAAGCGUUCGGUGCUCCCUCGCGAAGCUACGGUUACGUGAUGAAUAGCUUCCACGAGUUCGAACCGGUUUUCGCGGAUCAUCUUAACGCUCUAGGGAAACAGAAGUACUACUCCGUGGGCCCUCUUUGCCUGGCUGAAGUGGACGACGUCUGCAACAACAAGAAAGAGGUCGUAUUAGCCGCCAAGCCGAAGCCUAAGCCGGCUUGGAUUCAGUGGCUGGACGAGAAGCUGGCAGAGGGGAAGUCGGUAUUGUACGUGGCGUUUGGGUCCCAAGCGGAGAUAUCGGAGGAACAACUGGAGGAGAUAGCGCGUGGCUUGGAAGAUUCAGAAGUGGAUUUCUUGUGGGUGAUAAGAAAGGGAGGUGGCGGGUUGGAGGAGCGCGUGAAGGGGAGAGGGAUGAUAGUCGGAGAAUGGGUGGACCAAAAGGGGAUACUGGGCCACGCCAGCGUGGGAGGAUUUUUGAGUCAUUGCGGUUGGAACUCGGUGAUGGAGGGAGUUUGUGCUGGAGUGCCGAUGCUGGCGUGGCCGAUGAUGGCGGAGCAACCAUUGAACGCGAGGAUGGUGGCGGAGGAGGUGAAGGUGGGGAUCAGGGUGGAAGGUUCGGGGAGAACGGGGUUCGUACGACGGGGAGCGCUGGAGAAUGCAGUGAGGGAGUUGAUGGCAGGUGAAAAGGGGAAGGAAGUGAGAAGGAACGCCAAAGAGUAUGCAAAGAAGGCUAGAAAGGCUAUGGAGGAAGGGAACGGCUCGUCGUGGAAAACAUUGAACUUGUUAAUUGACGAAUUGUGUAACAAGGAGGAAGACGCACGGUAG